UACUACGGGUUAAAAGACCAUCCCAGACUGGAUUUUGAUGAGUGCUUCUAUGGAAGCUAGGUGAUUAAUGUACAACUCUGGCGUUAUUACACGCAUAGAUUGAUAGAAUCCUGUUUUCUUUCUUUUUUCUUUUUUCUUUUGUGCAGAUUUCCAACCUUGCAUGUGUAUCUAGCCGGUAUCUACUCCCACGCCAAGUUAUCCAAGGUGCCUUGCGUCAUCAUGCUCUAUAAUUACUGGGUCUCAAAAUGCUCCCAGUAAGUAUUCCAUGUCUUCUGACAAAAGUUGGGUGCCCGCAAUCUCACAAGCUCGCCUGACAAGAUCGCGAACAAGGCCUUCCUUCCCAACCAUGUGCGGUCUGAGAUCUGACAAUUGGUUUGAGAAUUUGAGGGUGUCACUAUGGAAGUAUACGUCCAGCGCGCGUCGCAAGUGGGCAGAGCCGGCUGAGCCCAAUAGGUCUACCUUUCGGUCUAGAAUAAGCUCCGCACAUUUUAGCCCUUCUUCGGUGUCCGUCUGCACUAAUGCGAGAAGCGCCAGGUCGAUAUUUCCAAAAAGUGGCUUUUCUGAAUCCUCCCUAUAGGUCCGAUGCUCGAGCAGGAUUUUGAGAACUUCUAGAUUGCCGCUGCUUGCAACCACCGUCAACAGGCUGGGAUUGGAUAUGUGAACUGGGAGGAGCGGCUGGGCGAAUUUCAAGUGAGUAGGGGGCGUCAUUGGAGUGGCUCCAAGGCCUAGAAGCCUUCUGAAAAUCUCAGUGCGCCCCUCUGUUGCUGCGAUCCAUAAUGGUGGCAUGUCAGUACCGAUGACGCCUUGAAACGACGCCCCUUUUUCUAGGAGCAAAAGUGCGGUUUCCUCAUGGUUGUUUCCAAUAGCUAUGGUUAGUGGGGUGAUACCGAAUAUGUUUGAAUCGGGGUUAAUAUCGGCGCCCAUGUCUACAAGCAGCUGCACAACAUCUUUAUGUCCGCAGCAAGCAGCGAUCCACAAAGGCGUAGGUGCCAGACCUUCGAGCCUAGUCCGGGUUUUAGACCCUUCCCAGACGUCAGCCUGUACACCCCGCGAUACGAGCCAUUUUAUAGCUGCCGUAUCGCCAAGUGCCGCGGACAACCACAGUAGCCAAGGGGUAUUGGUAUCUUUGUCGUGCCAGUCAAGCUCCUCCCCCAACCUCGAAAGGCUCUCGAUGGAAUCGCUGACCAGAUUGCAUCUGUAUCCAUGCUGCCAGUGAGGCUUAUACAAAAAAGUACGGGACGUCUCGAGAGUGCUUGCGUGUCUAAGGCAGUAUUGGCGUAGGAAUCCGAAACCAGUUUUGACGUGAUCCUUAAACAGAGACGCCUCAAGCUUCCGAGGAGACUUGACGAGCCGAUGCAUUAUAUCAAUCUGACCGUCCUGUGCCGCAAAACAAAUUACAGAGUUCGGCCACCUGAAUGUAGUCCAAAUAUCAACCCUAUCAUUGCGCAGCAGCGUAUUGACCAUCUUCCAGUUCAAGAAUUGUGCAGCGAUGAGAACUGGUGGCGCCUGCUUCUCAUUACCGUUCAUUUCAAGAUCACUGCGAGACGCUAGGGCAUCUGCUAAUCGUUCAAGCGUGCCAUUCUUUGCUAGGAAGGAGAGCGUCGGAGUCGGUGGCGAAUGCCAAGGGCCCUCGAGUAGGCUCCUGACCGUUAUUUGGGGCAAUACAGCCAGAGCCAACGUUUCUAGUUGAUAUCUGUUGUCCGCUGAUCGUGGCGUAUCCUCGAUAGGAAAUCCAAGUUCAUCUACUGGCUCUGCUGCAUUAUUGAUCGCAAAGCCAAACAGCCGAGUGCAAAGCGCCGGCAGAGACUCGACCAGAUCAUCCAGUUUCCAUGAUGGCACAACAUUACAAUCCACAUCUAUACCGCGUAUAGAAAGUAGAUAAACAAGUGUUCGCUGGAUCACAGCUUGUAAAGAUACCUCGUAGUCGGGAGAAAUCAUUUUUGGCGUCGCAGAAUCAGAUGCCAUGCCGAGCAGUGCGUAAAUUUUAUCUCGCUCGUCACCGGCCUCGCAGUGGCCGGCAAACUUUGCAAUCAGCAACUCCAGGUCAUGCCGCUCUUUCCACCAGGAGGUUGCACGCAACGGUCCCGGCAUUAUUUCCAGGACCGUCUGCUUGCCCUUGGCGACCUCGAAGCCCAUGAGCAUUGGCAUCACGGCAAAGGUGCGUGAGGGGACUGAUUGACGGCCGUACAUGACAAGGGCAGACCUGGCGUUGGCAGCUUCUUGUAGAAUCCAGAUCCUCCUGAACCAUGGCGCUUCAUAGAGCUGUGGAAUCAUGGCAGUCAGCUCAGGCGAGAGUUUCGGGUGGUCGAGGAUGCAAUCGCUGUCGUUGAGGUCCUCCACAAGCCCAACCAGCUCUGCUCGCCAGGCCUCGGUGGAGUUUCUUCUGUAGUCACGCCUGAUAACGACUCUCUGAUCUAAAGCAUUCAUCCAAGUCAGGAUUGCAUCUGUAUGAGUUGAGCCCGGGCCCAGCCAUAUGAGCACUCGUUCCGCAUUCCGGUAGGUGAGAGUCAUCUGUCCGACCUGAUGUCCACGUUCGCGAACAUCCUGCUGGUUUAUACAGAUCGCAUCCACCCAGAGAACUCUAUCCUCAUUUUCGAGCCUCAGAUCUCGUAGUGCCUGGUAAAGGUUUGAGGUGACAAGGUGAGCCUUGCCGUUGAGCUCAAUCUCGUGCUGCUGUGUCGCAUCUCCCCAUGUGUAGGACAGGGCUUCGUACGGCACACCUUCAACCUGGUGAAGAAAUGUUUCGAAUAUUUCGCACCGAAUGAGCUCGGUGUCUCCUUUUUCGGUUGGAGCGGGGAAAAGACGGAAAAGUCGAAUGGCAUCUGUUGCAAGGUCAAUUGCUUUGUAUUUGUAGAUUUUGUCCAUGUUGUCAUGUCAAAUGCCAGUCUGGUUGAUGAUGAUGCCUGCGUCGCAAUAGUAGCAGAUGUUGGAAACGCCAAGUGUCUAAGAGAGAACUUGUGGUCUUUUGGCAGCUGUUCAUGCCGUGGAGCAGCCUUUCUAAAUAUAUGUACCUCACCUGCCCUAAAUGCUACAAGAGCAUUUGCCAGCACAGCUCAGGUGGAAAAACACUUCCCAUGCAGUCAGCAGUGCUUCCGACGCUCCUGCCACGUUUUUCUACCCAAUCGCAAAUAUGUGCUAUCCACCCACUCGCCGCCAAUCUCAAAAGUCUUCUCCUUGGUAUCGUACACCACAAAUCCCAACUUGCCCAGGACCUUCAAUGAAGCCUCAUUCCUCGGAUCGACAUCGGCCACGACGAGAUCCCCAACUAAGCUCCUUCCACCAUCCCCACCAAAGAAUAGAUGGUCGAGCACGAGUGACACAGCCUCUGUCGCCAGACCUUGCCCCCAAAAUUGGCGUGCAAUCAUGAAGCCGAUCUCUUGGUCGCGCCAGACUCCAGCCUUGCCGAUCGGCUGCAAGGUUGGCUGGCCGUCUGGGGUGACAGUUUUGAGGCAGACGAUGAAGUCUGUAACGCCAUUGCAGGGCGCCGCAAUCAUUCCAUUCACCCACUUUUGUGUUUCCGCGACGUUUGCAUGGGGAAGUGUUGACCUAUUUCAUAAGUGUUUUAAUAUUAUAAAUCCUUUCCGUCCCCUUUUCAGAAUAUACACUUUUUCUUUUUCCCUUUUGUGCAAAAAGAGAUCUUGGCGUAUUUUUUGUGGACUGAAAAAUAGCAUACCAAUACUUCAUAACGUCCACAUGAUUGAAUGCAACAUGCAGGUGUGCUGCAUCUUCGGGCCUAGCACCGCGCAGCACUAGUCUCGCUGAUGAAAGUUGAGUUUGGCGCUCCGCUUUUGGACCUUUAGCGGCAGUCAUGUCUUCAUGGUCGUAUUACACAAUGUUGAAUGAGAAAAAACCAAAGAAGAAAGAAAAAAGAAACAUUAGCACAAGGCAGAAGAGAGGUAUAUACAGGAAAGUCAAAAGAACAAUAUCAAGGUGAAGCAGGUUGGUGACGACUCCAAAUCCAUUACAUUGGCGGAUACCAGCCUUGAAGUUGCGGUGAAGCAGUCAUAACAAACAUACGAGAUACACAGCCUUUCUCAAAUAUGACUCAGGCCAACAGGGAUCAAUAUCAGCUUUCCUAUCAAUCACAUCACACGUUUUUUUUUACCGGCAUCGCAUCCCCAGAAGCCAAAGACCCCGCGGCGCCGUUGGCCUGGACGGGCAUGUCCUGGGUGCCGUUUGUCCUGCCGCCGUUGGCCCACGGCGACGCGGUGACGACGGCGACGCGGGUGACGGGCACGAGGAUGGUGCGGGUGACGCUGUCCUCGAUGGUGAUGGUGGUGGUGCUCAUGGCCGGGUCGUAG